UUUGAGCAUAGACGGUUUUUAGCUGUCUGGUCCUCUCAGGCGUGACGUCACGCAGGGACACUCCACGCGACAAGUGCGGACAAGAUGGCGCGCGCUGCUGUGCCGCAGGAGUAACCAGUGCUCGGCGACAAAUCAGAUUACCCAUCAUGCCUUGGGAGGAGCUGGUUUCACUGCUGGCUGCCGUCACCUUGGUGAUGUGAAGAGGGCGGUGACUGACUGUGAUGGACAGGUGUAAGCACGUGGGUCGCUUAAGGCUCGCGCAGGACCACUCGAUCCUGAACCCGCAGAAAUGGCACUGUGUGGACUGCAACACCACCGAGUCGGUGUGGGCAUGUCUCAGCUGUUCGCAUGUAGCGUGUGGACGCUACAUAGAAGAACAUGCGCUUCAGCACUUUAAGGAGCAGCACCACCCUUUGGCGCUGGAGGUGAAUGAAUUGUAUGUAUACUGCUACUUAUGCGAUGACUACGUGCUGAAUGAUAAUGCGACGGGUGACUUGAAGCUACUGCGUAGCACGCUAAGUGCCAUCAAGAGCCAGUGCUAUGAAGUCACCACACGCAGUGGCCGCACCUUGCGCUCGUCCUCGGUCGCAGGUGAUCAGUUGUCGACCAGCACACAGGAGCUGCAGUUGCGUGACGAAGACCGUAUGUUCACAGCGCUGUGGCACCGCCGUCGUGCCCUGAUUGGCCGUGUGUUCCGCUUGUGGUUUGCACAAACAGAACGGGGGAAGAAGCGAUUGGAGGAGGAGCGGCAGCAGGAGGAAGAGGACGAGAGGAAGCGGGAGGCACGGGAAAGAAGGCGGCAACUCAAACGGCAGCUCAAGGAGGAGCUGGAAAGCGCACCUCCGAGGAAGAGCCAUCGCAUUCGUCGUCAGAGCCUAAAGGCAGCUUCUACGGAUGCCACGGCAGUGUCAACCAAAAGCACCAAAUCUGUCAGGCGUAGGUCUGUUCCUUCUCGUGUCUCCACCCCUACUCCACGAACUCCUAGAGAGAGAACGCCUCAGCAGAGGCCCCGUCCACAACCCAAGGCUAAACGGCCUCGGGCCCCUCCCCCUAAAACAGGCGAUUCACCUGUCAAACGGCGACCCACCGUAACUCCAGGAGUGACGGGUUUGCGCAACCUUGGAAAUACUUGCUACAUGAACUCGAUAUUGCAGGUUCUGAGUCACUUGCAUGUAUUCCGGGAGUGCUUUUUGAGGCUAGAUCUGAACCAAGCACUAGAGCUGCUAGCCUCUGCGGUCAGCCGCAAGUUAGGACUCUCUACACAGCGUGUGCUCCAGCAAAAAGGCUCCAACCAGGGGUCAGGGCUCAGCGGAGGGGCCUCCCGUUCGCGCAACAUGGAGCUCAUACAACCUAAGGAGCCCAGCUCCAAACACAUCUCGCUUUGUCACGAGUUACACACACUGUUUCAGGUGAUGUGGUCAGGCAAGUGGGCUCUGGUGUCUCCGUUUGCAAUGUUGCACUCCGUGUGGCAGCUGAUCCCGGCGUUCCGGGGAUAUGCACAGCAGGACGCGCAGGAAUUUCUUUGCGAACUCUUAGAUAAAGUACAGCAUGAGCUGGAACGGACCAGAACGCUGACACCUGCCACUGUUCCGGCCAAUCAGAGACGGCUUAUCAAACAAGUCCUAAGUGUGGUCAACACCAUCUUUCAUGGCCAGCUCCUCAGUCAGGUGAGGUGUUUAGCGUGCGAUCACCGCUCAAACACAAUAGAGCCCUUCUGGGAUCUUUCUUUGGAAUUCCCGGAACGUUACCACAGCAACAGUAAGGAUGCUGCACAGGUUCCAUGUGGGCUGACGGAGAUGCUGGCCAAGUUUACAGAAACCGAAGCUUUGGAGGGAGCAAUUUAUGCUUGCGACCACUGCAACAGCAAACUACGGCGGUUCUGUUCAAAGCAGGUGGUCUUGACUGAAGCUCAAAAACAGCUGAUGGUUCACAAACUGCCUCAUGUUCUCAGGCUGCACCUCAAACGCUUCAGGUGGUCUGGGCGAAACCAUAGGGAGAAGAUUGGCGUUCACGUUCAGUUUGAGCAGGAGCUGAACAUGGAACCCUACUGCUGCAAAGACCCCAGUAACGUCCCCCACCCUCAACACUUCCUCUACCAACUCUCUGCCGUCGUCAUGCAUCAUGGGAAGGGAUUUGGCUCUGGCCAUUACACUGCCUUUUGCUAUAAUACAGAAGGAGGGUUCUGGGUGCACUGUAACGACUCCAAACUGAGUGUGUGUGCCGUGGAGGAAGUCUGUAAGGCCCAGGCCUACAUUCUCUUCUACACACAGAGAAACUCUCAGGACAAAAGCAAAGCCAGUGACCUCUGACCCCUUCUGAGUACCCCAUGAACCCCACAGAGACUGUUUGUUUUGUACAUUGUGUUAAUACAGUUUUAAAACGGUUAGAUCCUUUUUCCAGUGUACAGCAAUUGUGGUAAGUAUGCUUUUGUCACGCACACUUAUGCCUUACAGUUUUACAACUGACAGAUUUCGGUAGGAGUCAUUCUUGCAGUGAUUGUAGCAUUCGUUUGUGUGCGUGAACGAAGGGAGUGAAAUUGGUCCAAGUCGGCAGCAUUAAUGCCACUGUCAUGGGUGUCUGGAUGUAUUCCUGAUUGUUGUCCACAAACCAAAGUCGAGUUGUGAAUGUGUAUCGAGCCUGAAAUGUUUUUAGGGUCAGUAUGAAAGAAGGUGUAAGAAACAAAUGCUUUUUUUCUCUUCAUAUCACAAGUGUUUUAAUGUCUCGAACCAUUUUUUUUUUUUAAAGUGCCCUGCCAAGUCAAAUCAGUUUAAAGAUGUUGAGACUUUUAAACAAGACUCGAUUCAGGAUUUUUUCUGUCACCUUCUCAGAAUGUAGUUUUAUACCUGGUAUUUGGGUAGAGAUUUCUUUUUUCCAUUUUACAGGAAAAUGUAAAAGACUUUUUCACCAGCAAAAGACAAUGGAUGCUGUUAUAUUUUCCCCGUCUGUGUGUGGCGUUAAUGACUGCUCUCUGUAGUCUGUACAAUUUGUUGGAUGUUUGCGUGACACACACACACUUGCUCAAAUAUCUUACGGCGUUUCCACAUUUUGUUUGUUGUUCAAAUCCAUUUUCCUCCUCUGCUUUUGAGCAGGUAUAGAUGUAAAACUAUGCAAAUUGUUACCUCACUUCAUAGAGAAAUUUACCUCAAUAAAAGGAGAAUAUUUUUGCAUUUUUCUAAA